ACUCAGGUAUAAAUUUGUUUUAAUUUAUAAAAAAAUCUUAGAGAAACAAAAAAAUGCUGAAAAUUAAUUUAGAUUUCAGUGGAGGAGCAGAAGUACUUUUUAAUAACAUUAAGAAACGUCAGCUAUCACUUGAAUCAGAAAAAAAAUGGACCCUUAGAGACUUUCUUCAAUACAUGAAGGAAAAUCUUCUAACAGAAAGAUUAGAAUUGUUUAUUCAAGGUGAUUCAGUGAGACCUGGAAUUUUGGUUUUAGUCAAUGAUAUUGAUUGGGAGUUAUUAGGUGAACUUGAUUAUGAAAUAAAACAAAAUGACAACAUCUCCUUUAUAUCAACGCUGCAUGGUGGUUGAAAAUGUUAAAAUUAUAAGUUCAAGGUUUAUUCAUCCAUCAAAGAAUUAAAUGCGUUUUAUAAAUAAAUACCUAUUAUUGAAAGAAAUAAAAAUUUGUUAUUUAAAUGUAAGACUAGAUUCGGACCUGCGAAAAAAAUAAAAAAUUUAACAAAAAAGGCGGUCAGAUCGAGCCGAAU